AUGUCGACGAAUCGAAAGACCUUCAAGAAUCAACUGAAAAGAUUCAAUGGUAACAACAAUAGCACAUCAUCAGAAUUGACCAGUUUGGUCGAGAUGUUUCCUGAUUGGGAAGCUGAUGAAUUAAGUGGCUUACUUGAUGAACACCAUCACGCGCUCGAAAUUGUCAUCGAUUUGAUUGUGAACAAUAAAGUUUCCCGGUGGGAACCUAGCAAAAAGGAUAAGGUCAAGAAACCAAAGGAAGAUGUAGCCAAUAAUGUAAAUAACGCACACACUUCCAACCAUACUUCAUCGGGUGACAAGAAAUUCUCAAACAAACCCAAAUCAUCUACAAGACCACCAAAGAAACAACAAUCAGGACCAAAGAAGCCCGCUAGAUCGGGCGAUAAAGCUACCACCAACGCCCCACAUGCCACCAAACAGGAAACUUCAGCAGAACCAUCGGGCUCCUGGGCAUCAGCAUUGGGCACUGAUAAACCAAAACCACAGAAACAACAACAACAGCAGCAGCAGCAGCAGCAGCAGCAACCACAAGCGGAACAGGAACAAGCAUCAAAACCUAGUGAAGAACACCUUGGUGCACAACCUGAAGCUGCAGCAGAACAUACUACUAAGCCAACUACGGAAGAAAAGCUGGCGGGAGAAGAAGCUCCUAUCGAAAAGCCCAAGCCUGUAUUGAAGGAGGCAAACAUCCCUGAAUUAAACCAAGGAUCAUGGGCAUCGGCAAUAACCCCAAAGACAAAACCAAAGCCAAAGCCAACCAAAAUUCAAAAGCGCCCAGCAGAAACCCAAAACGCCUCUGAACCAGUCCCACAAGACGAGCAAGUCAAGGAAACUACUGAAAGUGAGAGCCAGCCUUCUGCACCAGCAGUUGCUGAAAACCAAGCUUAUCAACAAGAUGAGACUCCACAAGUGGCUGCUGAACCUAUUGCAUACCAAGAGCAACCAGUUGUACAGACACCCCAAGUUGUUUUGCCUUCCUCUCAACAGGUUAAUUCCGUUGGUAUUUCAUUUGGUUCCUUGUCCUUAGACGCUGAAGAUAAUCAAGACACUCAAGCGCAACAACAAGCUCAACAACAGGAAACACAACAACCCGAACAACCACAACGUUAUGGAUCUUAUGAUCAACAAUCUCAAGCAAGUUUGGACCAAAAUGCUGGAAGUCAACAACAACAACAACAGCAACAGCAGCAGCAGCAACCUCAACAACCUCAACAACCAACUCCAUAUGGUAAACAGUCGCAACAACCUUCACAAAACUUCCCUACUCAGCAAGCUCAGUACGAUUACUACAACCAAUUUCAGCAACAACAGUACCCGCAACAAGCUGCUCAGCCAGGAUCCCAGUUUGGUGGGUACCCAGGCUAUGACUACAGUGCUUACAGUCAACAGGCCUUUGGCGGUAUUGCAUCACCUGCAGCAACCCACAAUGUUGCUACUCCUGCGGCUGCUGGUGGAUACGCUCAGUACGCUCAGCAAGCUGUUAAUGGUGGCUCUAUUGACUCUACACAAAGCCCAGUUACCGGCCAAACAGGUUUGCAACAGCAAUCUGCUGCUGGUUUGAGUCAACAACACCAACAACAGCAACAACAAAUUCCAACUCCGUUUGGUUAUCCAUACUACAACUACUACUACAACAACCCAUAUUUCAAUGCCGCUGGUGCAUUAGGUUCAAAUGGUUUAGGUUCAGUAGGACAACCAGCACAAAAUGCUCAACAAACUGCUCAGCAAGCAAGUAUUCCGGGAAGUGCACAAGGCUCUGUUUCCAGUAAUGGGUUUGGACAGCAACAGUACUACAACCCAAACCAAUAUGCAAAUAGGUAUCCUGGUUACUCUUAUCCACCACAACCACAACAAGGUGCACACCAAGGUCAAGGUCAACCUGGUACUGCUGAAAGUGAAGGUUCUCAACAAAAUUCACAGCAACAGCAAACUCAACCGCAAACCCAGACCCAACCAAACGCUCAACAACCUGUGAUUCCACAAUACGGUGCUUACCAGCAAUAUCCUCAAUAUGGAUAUCAAGACUCGGCUCAAUAUCGUGGAUGGUAUUAA